GCGAGGCUCGAGCAUCUCUCUCUCUCUCUCUCUCUCUCUCUCUCUCUGCAGACUGACCGAGGCUGUGUUGGAAGGAGCUCGUGCAUCACAUCAGUCCUGUCCUUUACUCAUUCGUCCUUCUCCAAAGCAGGCACGGAGAGCUGCGUUCAUGCCAAAAUGGGAUGUGGAAAUUCCUCCGCCACCAGCACGACAGCAGGAGGUCCAGCAGAAGCUGCCAAGGAUGUGACAGAAGAACCAUCACCAGAUGAUGAGAAGCGAAGGAACUAUGGAGGAGUGUAUGUGGGUCUUCCUGCUGAUCUGACCACAGUAGCUGCCAGCCAAUCAAAGUCCACACGUAAAGACUGAAAGCAGAUCACAUGAACCGACAACGAACCCGAGCUCUGCAGUGGCUGAUUUUACAACGGAUAUUGAGACGAUAUAUUCGAGGAUCAAGCUGUUUUCGGAACUGAUUCCAGAACCGGUCGGCACUUCGGAAUGACAUCACUGUGACAUCAUACCGGCUGGCGUACAGAAGGGUUCUAUUUGGAACACUGAGCGUUGUUGUGACUACGAAUGUAGACUCUGUUGCCAUGGUGACCGGCGACCCCCCCUCCCCUCUCCCUCCACCAGGAGGACAUCCUGGUAUUUCGGAGUCACCAUGGAAGGGCAUUUCCUGAGUCUGGAGACCCAUCAGACCCAAUCAACUGAAGGUCUCUGCAAUAACAGACUUUACUGAAUCUAUUCUUUCACUCUUUAUGAAAUCUGAGAUCCGAACAGGAUGAUGUAAAUAUUUUACACACAGUAAGCACGAAAUAUGUUUAGCACUAACAUGACUACUAAUUCAUAUAUAGACUGUAGUUUCUUUUACACUUUGAUAGUCACCUCACUAUUCAAAUUAAGGCAUAUAUUAAUAGCAUUUACUAAUCGAAGAGUUCUAUUUAUUCUAUUUCAGGCUAUUUGACCUGUGAUUGUACCAUUAACAUUUUUUCUGACUAAUGUGAAUUCUGUAUAUGAUAUUAAAACUAUGAGAUUUUAAGAAAUGGAAUCUGUGUCUGCAUAUGGAAAAUGAUCUAUAUCUGCAUCUACUUUUGAAAAAUAAAGAUGUCAGGAUGAACCCAGAAGCAGUUUUUGCCAUGGAAGAACCUUUUCCUGCAUGACUGUCAACAAAGAACCUUUAUUUUAAAGAGUGUAAAUGCUUCUUUACACUUUUCCAAUCAAAGGUUUGGGAUCAGUAAGUUUCUUUAUUGCUUUCAUUAUUUAUAAUUUUUUUUAAAGUAUUAUAUUUCAGUAAGGAUGCACUAAAUUAAUCAAAAAAUGACAGUCAGGACAUUUAUUAUUGCUAGAAAUUUUUUCUACUUCAGAUAAAAGUUCUUUUGAACUUACUUGUUUUAUAAAGGAAUCCUGAAAACCAAAAAUAUAUCAAGGUUUCCACAAAAAAUAUUAAGCAGUACAACUGUUUUAAACAUUGAUAAUAAGAAGAAAUGUUUCU